AUGGUAAAUGCUAACGAAUGGUUAAAUGAAAAUAUUCCAAAGAAUCAAAGAGCACAAACAACAGGACUUUAUAUCUACAGUCAAUAUCGAGGUGGUUAUAAUAUAAACCAAGGCCCUCCAAAUUAUCAAUUCUAUAAUACUACUUUAGAAGGAGAAUUAGAUCUUAAUGACUUUGUUAAUUUGCAGCAACUAAAUAUCGGCAGUGUUGGGCAGGAUCAGGACCAGCAACAAAAGAUAACUCAUUUAAAGAUCGAUAAAU